UGGACCGUGCGGGAGCGUCCGCGGGGAGUGCUCGGCAAGGAGACCGCUCAGUACACAAGUGUGAUGAUGGCGGAUGGACGCGCGUCGCCCAUUGCUCCUCUCCCAAGAUAACUUAUCAGCAAGCCAGACUCAGAAGGCAGCUUUAGCUACACCAAUGUAGAAAAAUGGAUUCAAAAGCCAGCGUAGAAGACGACUCAGUGCCUGUUACACAAGACGCCAUAGAUGAUGAAGACAACUUAAGUGAUAUGGAUUCACAUACAGGGAGUGAGCGUGAUGCAGUAUCAGAAGCAGGAUCAGAAACGCCAUCAGUAUCUGAUAGAUCAAGCCUUCGUAAUUCAAGAUCUGCAUCAAAUACGCCAACUAAUACCAGGUCUACCAGGAGCAGGGACAACCCAGACUUCGUGGCAAAGCAGAAAUCUUUUAUGGCAAAGGUACAAGCAGCAACUACAGGAAUUGAUAGUCCUAUGAUGCGACCAGACACACCGGGCAAACGAAAGAGAGAUAACAGUGCUUCGUCUUCCCAAGGCUCAACAAAAAAGAGAAAAUAUGGAAAGAAUGAUAACAAUGGACAGGACUAUCAGAAUGACAACUACUGCUGGGAAUGCCAUAGAGAAGGUGUUUUUAUAUGCUGUGAAAUGUGUCCAAGAGUGUUUCAUCUCAAGUGUGCUGGAAUGGACAAAGAACCUGAAGAAGACUGGGCAUGUAGUGAAUGCCAUGCUGUUAUGCAGGCAGAAAAUAUUGAAAAUAGAUCUCGAGCGAUGCAGCUGAUAUCUGUUGAGCAAUUGUGUACACUUCUAAAGUUUGCACUAAAUCGUCUAAAGACAAUGCCAGGGAUGGAGCCAUUUACGAAACCAGUAGACACCGCAGAAUUUCCAACAUACGAAGAUGUUGUAGUUCAUCCAGUGGACUUCACUUCACUUGAGCGGAACAUCAAACGCAAAUUCUAUGGUUCUACUGAAGCAUUUUCAUCGGAUGCCAGAUGGAUUGUGCACAACUCGGUGAUAUUCAACGGAGCCAAUUCAAAAGUGACAUCAAUGGCUCGUUCUUUGGUCAAAAUUCUGAAGCAGGACAUGAGUGAGAUUGAGACGUGCCCAGACUGCUAUAUGAAUGCUCACCAGAAGCCGAAGACUUGGUUCAUUGAAGCAUGUAGAUCUGCACAUCCUUUGAUUUGGGCAAGGUUGAAAGGCUUUCCAUUUUGGCCGGCAAAGGCUGUGAAGUGGAGAGAUGGGAAUGUAGAUGUCAGAUUUUUUGGCAGACAUGACAGGAAAGGUGAAAUCAGGUCUUGGGUUCCAGUUAAAGAGUGCUUCCUCUUCUCAGAACAGAUGCCAACACCACUUAAAAACCGCAAUAAAACACUAGAAUCAUGUCUUCAGGAGGUAAAUGAGCACAUAGUCAAGCUGCGUGAAAGGUUUGGAAGAUUCAAAUAUGCACCUCAUCGUGUUCAGUUCAAUCCACUAGAUGCUGACCAAAUCAAGAUCAUGCUCCCUAACUAUAAAACGCCAGUUCCUGUGAGAGUUCGGUCACAGUCCAGAGCUUUCUCCAGAUUGUCUGGUCAUUCAGAUGAUGAAACAUCUUCUGUUGCAUCAACUGAUAGUGGUGCCUCAGUGAGACGACGCAAAAGAGAAUCUGGAACUUCCUCAGCCACACAAGAGACCGAGACUGAAGCAGAGAUUCCCAGUCAGACCUCAGAUCAUGGGGAUGAAGACAACAUGGAAGAAGGGAAUGAAAGUGCCAAGAAAGAAGAAAAGCCAUUAGCUGAUCCAGAGAUUAAGAAGGAGACUAAGGAUGAAGAUGAAUUAGAAGACUUGCCAGACAGAGGCGAAGAUGAGGAGGACAAAUUUAAAGAUGAAAUUGAUACAAAACCUGAGAUUGAGGAUGGUGGAGAUGAAUUUGAUGAAUAUCCUGUAGGGAACUUUGAAGAUGAUGAUGAAGACAAUGAGGAAGGGGAUGAAAUGGCAUUAGUGAAUGGGAAACCAUCAGAAAUAAAGAGUGUAAUUGAAAAAGUUGAUGAGAGUGCAGUGAAAAAAGAAACAGUAAGUGAUGAUGAAGAGAAACCUAGUAAUAUUGAAGAAGUUGUGAAGAGGGAUAGAAAGUCACCAGAAAGUAGUGAAAAAGAAAAUACAGAUGUCAGUGCUGGUCAGUUUGAAAAAAAUGAGGGUUUGGAUGACAGUGACAAGGAAGAUGGUGAGAGUGAGGAUGAAGAGGAAGAGGAAGAUGAGGAAGAUGAGGAGGAGGAAGUAGAAGAAGAGGAGGAAGGUCUUGGCAACCUUGUGCUAAGUACUGAAGGUGAGGAUGCCUAUGAAGAUGAAGAAACAAGUGAGAAAAUGGGGGCUGAAGAGUAUGAAAGAAAAGAGAAAAAUGAAGAGAAGUUGGUAGAAGAAUUGUUAAAGUCACGGACAGACGGCAAAGCUGAUAAAGAUGUUAGUGAAAACAGAAUCAUAGAUAAUGUAGUGGAAAAUGUAAAGGAAAGUAAUACAGAUGAGCUACAAAGUGAAAGUUUGGAUAGGCAGACACAGGGUGCACAUGAUAUCCAUGUGAGUAGUUUACAAGAAAAAUUAUUAGAUAUCCUAAAAAAAGAUGAAGGUGCAGAAUUAUCUGAUUCUGAAGAUGGUGCACAUAAAGCUUUAAAGGACAAACCCAGAAUAGCAACUCCACUUCAAGAAAAUUUCAAAGAAAAAGAUGAAAUGUCCUCACCAGAAAAUCAAAGUGAAGAAAGUGAUGUGGAUGAAGAGGACAUGGACAAAAGCUUAACAUUUAAAGAUUCUAAUGAGAAUGUUGAAAGUGAAAGUGAUUCAGAUGAAUGUGAAAGUGAGUUGAAAAACAGUGUGAAAGAAACAAAAUCUUUGGUUGAAAAGAUUGACAGUGAGAAUGAAAGUCAUUGCAAAGAAAAUAAAGGUGCUCAUACUAACAGCUUAGACUCCAAAGAAAGUGAAGCAAAGGAGGCUAAGUUACUUGUAAAUAUAGAUAAAAGUAGCCCAGAAAGAACUGAUGAGAAGGUCAGUAUAAGUAGAGAUUUAAAAGAAACAGUACAGAACAAGUUGACUAGGGAAUGUGGAAAGUCUGCAACAGUAAAUGAAUAUGAAUCAGUUCAUAAAGAAGCUUCAAGUGUGUGUGAUGUAGAAAGCAUGGAUAUUGAUGAAUAUUCAGUGAAUAAGAAAGAAGGGAAAAAGCAAGAAGUAGAUGGUAGAGCAGAAGACGAGAAAAUGGAAGUUGAGGAUAGUGCCAGCAGCAAAAGCACUCUACUUGAUGCUGUUCAGCUAAUGAAGAACAUGGGAACAAUAGCAAUAACAAGAGUGGAUGGUAAAACUCUGGAUCAUGGUUGUGGAAAUGCCAAGGAAAAGGAGAGAGCAGAAGGGAAUGAUGAUAAAAAGAGUAGCAGUGAUGAUUCAAACCGAAAUACUCCAAACUCUCGGAGACCAUCUCCAGCUCCAAGAGUUUCAGAAAAAGAUAUGGAGCAACACAUAUCUUCUUUAGGUUGUAGUGUAAGUGUGACAAAAGCAGUAGAUAAGGAUAGAGAGAAGGAGAAAGAAAAAGAAAAGGAAAAGGUUAAAAUGCCAUCUGGUGUGGAUACAACACGUCUUAGCCCUUCUAUAUCAAUCAUUCCUGUAGCUAGUGCAGCAGAGCGACAGCGAACAAAAACCACCAUUGCUCCAUCAACUUCAUCAAAUGAAAGCCAGAAUUCACCAACAAUUUCAACACAAAGUGCUCCCAGAACUUCCCCUGCUGUCAGUCAGAAUCCUUCAUCAACGAGUACAUCAAGUAUAUCUGAAGCAACACCAUCAACUGCAGCACAGAGUGCACCCCAGAGAGUAUCCUCUGCAUCAUCCAGUAGUUCACCACAUACUGCUGGUGGAAAUAAUAUUCCUCCUCCUCCACCUCUUUCUCAUCCUCAGGCUUCACAGAGUAAUGUCGUGGGUCCAAGAGGAGUGUUUGGUCCUCCACCCCCAGGAAGCCAGGUUUUAGGAAUGCCAGGUGCUCGAGGGCCCAUUAUGUCAAGUCCAGGCCUGAGAAUGAUGACCAGCUCUGGACCAGGUGUGUUGAUCCCAUCACGCAUGCCUGGAGGACCUGGCAUGACACCCACAAGACACCUACCACCAGAAGCAGGUCCACUCUCCUCACAGUUGCACAAACACUCGCAGAAGUUGGCAGAAGUGAUGAGGGCCACUCUUGAAGAUGUCCUGGCUGGUCUUGUUGGAACAGGAACACCAGAAGCACGUCUGGCAGCCCUACAGUUAGAACUUGAGCGAACUAGUUGGCGACACCAGCAGGAACUUGCAGAAGUUCGGCAUAAUGCAGAUGUCAUGCUUGUGGAGAUGAGAGCAAACCUGGAAGCUGAGAAACAAAGAGCUGUAGAAGAAGUGAGAAGACAGAUGGAGCAACAGAUGGUGGAAGCAAGAAGACAAAUGGAAAGGCAAAUGGUUGAACGCUUGGCUGAAGUAAGAAGACAGAUGGAAGCAGAAAAACAAAGAGCUGUAGAAGAAACUAAAAAGAAACAGUGGUGUGCAAAUUGUGGCAAGGAAGCUCUCUUCUUCUGCUGUUGGAAUACCUCAUAUUGUGACUAUCCAUGUCAGCAAUCACACUGGCCUCAACAUAUGGCAGUUUGCGGUCAAAAUAGUGACAGUGGAGGUGGUGAAGGUGGCCCAGACUCAGUUAAUGGUGAAGCAAGUGGCCAUUCUUCCAGGGUCUCAACCCCUCAGAACUUGGUAGUAACACAGCAAUAUGUGGAUGAGGAAGGAGCAGUAGCUUUGGCAGAGGAGCAUCGCAGAAGAAAGCAACGAGAGAAUCCAUCACCUUUAUAUGGUGACAUGGCUCUGAUGAACCGUGGAUCACCAGCUGGUGGUGUCCCAGGUGCAAUGAAUGCCAAUGCAGGAGUUCCAACAGGUAGUCCAAAUAUGGCAGCACUGAGUCCUGGCAGUCGGGCAGGAAUGGCCAACCUUGGGGGCCCAGCUAUGGCUGCCAUGGCUGCCAUGGCAGCUGGGAGUGCUGGAGCACAGAGUGGCCAUAGUGGAGUUCACGGUGGGAUGAAGAUGCCAAGAUAUAUGCCUCCAAAUAUUUUGCAGCAACAGCAGAUGUAUGGUGGAGUAGAUCCACGCAUGAUGAUGAUGAUGGGGCGAGGGAUGCCACCGGGAGCUGCAGCUGCAGCGAUGAUGAGAAGUCCCAUGCAUCACUUCAGGCCAAGGUUUAUGUGACCUUCAUUCAGUGCAUUUAAUGGGGGUGAAUUGUAUAACUUUCAGCAAGAAACCCAAUUACAAAUGGAGGAUAUUAAAGGACGCUUUCCAAGGUGAAAGUGGAGUGGAAAAUACACCAGUCUCUAGAUUGGCAUGGUAGUGAGGUCCAGAUACCUUGAACUUUGGUAUGUGAAAGAGAGGAGGUGUUUUGCAGAUAUAUAUAGUACAUGAUGUUAACUGAAACUGUAAAUACAAACUAUUCUUUGGAAUUUAAACCAAUCACUUAUUUGUUCAAUAUGUGAAAAGAAAAUGUUUUUCACCAUUUUAUUAUUACUUUUAGAAUUUUAAGUUGGUAAGAACUCUGUGAAGAGAUGUUCUCAAGUUGAGUCUCCAGUGAGGCUUCCCUGGUUUACCACAUAAUAUAAAGUGACACAGAACUUGAUCUCAAACGUAUGUAUACUAAACUACAUCUGUAAGUACUUGUGUGUUAGGCAAGUAUAAUUUUCUACUUUAAUGUUACAUGAUUCAUGUAAACGAUCAUAGUAUAUAAGUAAAGAAUAACAUUUACUAAUGACAACUUCAAAGUUAUUGUGCAGUAGAUGCUGCAUGAUCUGUAUUGAGACAGAAUACAUCUAGAGUUUAAAUUUUCAGUUAGAAAUCUCCAUCAAGAUAUUUUGUCAUUAUAUUGAAAGAUAUAUUUUCUGUGCAUUGCAAUUUGAUCUGGAAAAAAAUAUAUAUAUUUUCUCUAAACCGAUUUAUUGGAUUUUAGCUUUCAAAAUAUUUGCGAGGUUACAGAUCUGGUAGAUUGUUUGCUUUCACUUUUUUUUCUUCAUAAAUUAUGAUGGUAGCAGCCAUAUAUGAUGGAAAACAAGGCCUUUUCACCUAAGUUGUUCUUAUCAUACUUUAAAAGGGCUACAGGGUCACAUGUCACUCAUGUCACAAAAAGCUGUUCCUAGUUUGUUCCUCAACAUGCACAAAAUGCUCUUCAGUCGAACCUCUAAGGUAAUACUGCACUUGGCUUUGCAUUUUUAUUUGUUAGACCAGAAAGCCAAUUUUUUUUCUCUAGAGAAUAAAUAGAAUUGUUUCCUAUCAGUAAAACUGAUGUAAAUACCUUUUCAUAUAUCCAUAUAAUUUCUUGCUAAAUGAUUUACUGGCACCUUUCUUUUUGGAUCCAAUAUGCUCGUCAUGAAUGUACAAAAACAUUUGAUAUAUAUUUGAAACUGUGCCAAUUGUUUAUGAAAAGAAAUUAAAUACAUAUUUGUCUUCUAUGGUAAUGUUUGUUAUACCUUGCAGGGGAUUUGUUUUCACUUUGCCUUGGCUUUAUUCUUUGAAAAUUAUUCCUUAAGUUAUCAUUGACACAUUUUUGAAAGCUUUGCAUUAAAGAACUGAUGUUAUGCAUUUUGAGUAUGUAGUUAGGGAGGUUCGACUGCAUGAAUGGUAAACAAUAAAUAAGUUAAUAAAUGGUGUGUAGUACUUCAUGUUAUUGAAUUCUCAAAUAAUAUAAUAACUUCAAUAGAUAAGCCUAAUUAUCUGAGUUGUUUGAGAAAUAUUUUCCCCAUGUACAUCAAAUACAUUUCAGUGACAGUGUUUUUCACUCACAAUAUUGUAUGUCAUGUAUAAUGUGUCUGAGCAGUAUGUCUUUUUACUUGGUUAAUAUCAUUAGAAGGACUGUUCAAGUCUGUUGGAUGAUCAAGUUCUACUGUGCCAUCUUAUUCUGUGGUUGUCUGACAGGUUGUGAUUGUCUGAUACAUGAGGUGUACAGGUAUAUCUGGAGGGGAUGCAAAGUACAUCUUUCAGUUAAGAACAUGCAGAGUUUUUAAAAUCACAAAGAGAAAGGGGCAUGUGCUGGGAGAGACUUUUGGCAUUUUUCCUUUUUGAAAGUACGAAAGGGACGCUGUUAAUAUUUAUACAAAAUAGGUAAUAAGAUUUUGUAUGCUUCCAUUUCAAAUAUUACAGAGUAAACUUUUCAGUGUUGCCUUGUUGACAUACUUUUUAUAUUUAUCAUCUGUAGUGAGACUUAGCUUAUGUUUACUUGGAUUUAUGGUUGUUACUUUGAUUGUUGAGCUUUAAAAAUGUGCUUUUUCUUUAAAAGUUAAAUUGAAAGUUUUCAUUUUCUUUCUUUUUAUAGGGAUAAUCCCAAGUUGAAGGUUUGUAAUUUUUCACAGCAUAUAUAUAUUUUUUUUGUGGGGGGGGAUAACCCCAUUAAAUCUUCCAUUAACUGUGCUCUCUACCUUAAUUUGUAUGUAUAAUCAGUACUGUAUAGGAUAAUACUCAAAAUUUGGUGCUUCUCUCUGAGCUAAGGUUGUGCAAGUAUUCCAUUAGACUGAUAUUAUAUUGGUAGCUAUUACUCUCUAAUUAUUUUUAGUGAUUAAGAAAAAAUUGUAUUUUUGGAAGGUCUUAUCCUGUGCUCUACUUAGAAAAGUGUAAUGAUAUGUAGAUAAUGGGUGACAUACCUGAUAAUUGUAUAUAAUUUUGGAAUUCUUUUUUCUUUCCUUUGUAAAGAUGUGUAUUCAUCACUAGAUGAAUGAAAUGUUCAAUACUGGGAGAACUAGGAAUUCCAGUGACUUGUCAUUUCUCCCAAGAAGCUGGAUACAAAAUAUACAUGGCUCAUUAAAUGUUCUUUUUGUUGAACUUUUUAUUAAAGAAGAAGAAAAUGAUUAAUACUUGUCUUGUUUACAGUUGUUAUUUAAAUACUCAUGAACCUCAAAGCAAUAUUUAUCAUUAGAUUGUGCAGAUGUUUUGCUGUAGUGGCUAUGAGCAUUUCAGUUUCUUUUUAAGUGAUAUAAUUGUACUUAAUGUGGUAUGGCCAGAGAGCUUGAUAAAUGGCAGCUAUACUUCAGCUGAUACCAGUGUUCUGAAAAUGGACUUCAUUUUACUUUUUAAUUCAUUUAACAAAACUGAAUAUGGAUGGUUAUGUCCCAUGGCAUAAUAUGUUGAGGUUAAAUUUUGUGUUCAUUGUUUGUAACUGUAUAGUGUGACUAAUUUUCUGUAGUUUCGGUGAUUGAAAGAAAAAUAUUUAAAUAGUUAAAAAAAAACAAACAUUAUGGGUUUCAUAAUUUUCAGUAUUUCUUUUGCUAAAGUCCAGUAACCAUUUCCCAUCAUUUGGUUCUUUGAAGUUUUUGUAAAAGUGGCUGACUCCUCAAAAUUUCAAUAUAUUUAGACCAAUAAUUAGCAUUUAUUUGUAUUUAUUUGUAUUUUAGGAUAAUGAUGCAAUAAGGAUAAGUCAAAUUAUGUUUUGUAUAAGAAUAAGUAACAAAUAGUUUAGCAUUUUCUGUUAUUUUUGUUGGAGCAGGUAAUGCAUCAUCACCAUCAGAAGCAGCAAAACUUUUUAUUCUAAUUUUUAUCAUAUACAUUAUAACAUAGAUUAAGGUCAUAGAAUCCAGUUAGAAAAGUUGGAUUGAUGAUGAUUUCAAGAAAGGUGAUAUCAUUGUUGUAUGUUGCUCAACUUUCAGUCACACUUCUCGUUGCUUCAGUAUUUUAUACAUAUAGAUACAGAGAUUAUUGUCAGCAAGAUAAUCUAAGUACCUUUUUCCUUAUUUUACAUUUUAUCACAUAUCAAUGAAAACUUUAGGUAAGGUCAUUUGGAUAUACAUGCAAUAUCAGAAAUUACAGACAUGUCAGUUCCAGUUAGUGGCACAGUUCACUGAUUAAUUUUAUGUUACAUUGAGCAAGCAUCCCACAGAAAGAAUGUUAUACAUCAUACUUUGAUUUACCAAAGAGCAAUAUCAAACUCUUUAAUGUCACUUAAAUAUUAAUCUUUUGCUCUCUCUUGUGAUUGCUGCUACAGAAGUGUUGCAUCAUCAAAAAUCUUAGUGGACUUUCAGUCUCAGUUAAUUGUCCUCUCACACAUUUGACUCUGUAUGCAUUUUUAUGAUAGUUUAUUCUGGAGUAACAUACAUCAUUUUAUGAAGUAUUUGUCAUGAUUGGGGAUAACAUACACAUGAAAUGUGAAACAAUUUUUUUCAUAUUAUUUUAUUUGUAUGGUUGUUACAUUUCCCCAUGUUUUAUUUUCAGUUGUAUAUGAUUUAUCAAAAUAAGGUUCUGUUAUGCUUAAUCCUUUCAGUAAUUAACUGUAGCAAAAUGUUGAUACCUUUAUAAAUUUGCAUGUAGCAUAUGAGAAAUACUUUGUUUUAAUCCAAGCACAUAGAAUUAAUGAUUUUUUAAAACGUUAUUGGAAGACAGUAUCAUUGCAGAUGUGAAUGUGUAAGUAAAUGUCUAGCUUUGAGAAUGCAAGUAAAUAUUGCAGAUAUGUCAGAAUAUUUCUCUUCAAUAUGGUGGCAAACUAUUCAUAGUGUUGCUAUUCAGUAUAGAUCUCCAACAGAACUUGACCAUUCUGUUUUGUGUAUGACAAAACCUUACCCAUUGUGUUGUGUUUAAUCUUUGUGUGAUAUUGGUGCUGACUCAAUGACAGUGCUGUGGUUGUUAAUUUUGUUGAUAAUGAUAAUAAGACAAAUGUAAACUUGUAUAUAAGGAUUUUCAGUAGGUUAUUGUAAAAGCUUUCUCAUGAGCAGUAAAUUAUUGUUGUAUGAUCAUCUCUAAACAUAAGGGAAUUGCAGUGUUGAUAAUGAGCAAGACCUCUUUUCUUUCUUUUAUUCUUUGGUUUUAAAUAGAAAAAAAGUAUGUAUACCUCUAGGAGAUAGAUUAGAAUUUGAUGUAAUGAGUAACUGAUAGUAUUCAGUACAGUGUUCAAAGUUGUUCCUAGAAACUCACAAAGGUGCACAUCCCUUACUUUUUCUCAUCCUCUACAUGUGGUAAAUGAAAGUAUGAAUCCGUAUGAAUGAGUCAGGAAGCAAAUGUCUAUGAAUGUGGAAUUUAGUUGAGUGCUUUUUAUUUAGCCUUUUUUCUUUCUUUCUUUUUUUCCUUUUUUUUUUUACCUUAACCUUAGACUGUUUUAUAUUGUCAUUCACUAGUCCAGUGAAGUGAAUGCAGUUUACCAGUUUUCAUAUGACUUAAUUCACUACACAGCCAAGGGUUGCUGCUGACCUACACAACUAGCAAAUAAAAAGGCUUAUGGAUUUCAUUUUUUACAUUAAUUUUCAUCCCAUGCUUUUGUGAAUAUUUCACUUUUUUUUUUUUUUUUUUUUUCUUUCUUUCUUUCUUGUUAUGAUUUUUAUGGCUUGGCUUAGGUAUUUUUUGUGUGUCUAGUGUCUACCAUUUCAUAUUUUGUUUCUUUGUAAAUACCUUUGCUAUGGUAGUGAAUCCAGUAGUUGUGGAUAUGACCUGUAGAAAAUGUUAGUGAUUUAUUUUUCUAGUAAACAAGUAGUAUUCAUUUCAGUGACCUAAUGUAUCGAGUUUUUCAAUACUUAAAAUAAAAUAAACUUUCUAUGUA